AUGUCCGGCAGUGCAACUUUGUCUGACCUCAUUCACCCCCAAGAGGAUGGACCAAAUACAGCGCCGAAUACGACAGAAAUCCUCCUUGUGUCCGCCUUCUUCCCGCUCUCCAAGUCGAAGCACCCUAUGAGCGACUACUCUUACUGGCUAUCCCGCUUCUUGGGCCCUAUCACGACCGACAUCUACUUCUUCGCCCCGCCAGACAUGGAACAGCUCGUGCGGGAUGCUCGCGGCUCGCUGCCCAUCACCAUUAACACCUCAUACACCUCACCGUUUGACAUUCCCCCGCUGAAGGGCCUCGAGGAUAAGUACGCAGAGAUGCACCAAAUCGACCGGGAGAAGAACAGGCACUCGCCCGAGUUGUACGCCAUCUGGGCGGGCAAACCGUACUUCCUCGAGGAAGGCCUGAAGAACGCUCAGGGCUCUGGUAAGCGGUACGACUACGCGUUCUGGAAUGACGCGGGCAGCUUCCGGAGCGACCACAAGUACGCCGACUGGCCUAGUGCGGAGCGGGUGGAUGCCAUCUGGCGCGAGGGCGCACGGCUGAACGGCGCACCCGAAGACGACCUCAUAUUCUUCCCCAUCUGGGAUACCCCGCAUGCCAGCAUGAAGCACUGGACCGAGCGCAUGGGACCCGUCGACAACGAGUUCAGCGAAGGCUCGUUUUUCGGCGGCAGACCAAGGGCUAUCAACUGGUGGCGCAAGCUCUACUACGCUUACCACGACAGCUACCUCUCCCAAGGCGUCUUCGUUGGCAAGGACCAGACGCUCAUGAACGCACUCAUGCUCCUCCACCCCUCGCGCUUCAUCACCGUCUGGCUCGCCGACCCCGCCGCGCCCAACUACUCGCUCGUCUCGCGCCUGUCCAUGUGGUGGGAUAACGGUGAGGGCCCGCUGGGCCGCUGCGGCUCCACGUGGUUUUACUACCAGUGGUGGCUCGCAGCGUAUGACGAGCGCGAGGCGAUGCGCGACGUGUGGGGAGGGAAGAAGUGGUGGCCGUGGGGGAGCAAGACCGAGGAGGAGCGGUGCAGGGAUACCCGCGUGCUGGGCAUGGCCCCGCUGCUCAGACGAGUCUUCGGGGAGGGUUGGAAUCCCCCGCCUACUAGUAUAACAUUAGAGUAA